AUGGAAAGUCAAAUGGAGAAGCAAUUUGCUUGUGCUUUGGCAUUUUUCUUGAUUGCCACAUGCACUAUGGCAUAUUCACCUUAUUCUUAUGAUUCAACAUACAAUAAAAUACCAACCACAGUAGCUAAAAGUGAAGAUUACAAGUUACCCUCAGUGCCUAAAGAGGAAUACAAGGUGCCUUCUUUGCCAGAGAAUGACUUCUACAAGAAGUUAUCAGUUCCAGAAGAUAACUAUAAUAAGAAGGUGCCAUCAAUUUCAAAGGAUAACGACUACAAGGAACCCUCAAUGCCUAAAGAGGAAUACAAGAUGCCUUCUUUACCAAAGAAUGACUACAAGAAACCAUCAGUUCAAGAAGAUAACUACAAGAAGGUGCCAACUGUUUCAGAGGUACCCUCAGUGCCUAAACCAGAAUACAAGGUGCCGUCUUUGCCAAAAAAUGACCACUACAAGAAACCAUCAGUUCCAGAAGAUAACUACAAGAAGCUGCCAUUUGUUUCAGAGAUACCCUUAGUGCCUAAACCAGACUACAAGGUGUCGUCUUUGCCAAAAACUGACCACUACAAGAAAACAUCAGUUCCAGAAGAUAACUACAAGAAGGUGUCAUUUGUUUCAGAGGUACCCUCAGUGCCUAAAGAGGAAUACAAGAUGCCUUCUUUACCAAAGAAUAACUACAAGAAACCAUCAGUUCAAGAAGAUAACUACAAGAAGGUGCCAACUGUUCCAGAGGUACCCUUGGUGGCUAAACCAGAAUACAAAGUGUCGUCUUUGCCAAAAAAUGACUACUACAAGAAAGCAUCAGUUCCAGAAAAUAACUACAAGAAGGUGUCAUCUGUUUCAGAGGUACCCUUAGUGCCUAAACAGGAAUACAAGGUGCCUUCUUUGCUAAAGAAUGACUACUACAAGAAGCCAUCAAUUCCAGAAGAUAACUAUAGGAAGCCAUCAGUUCCAGAAGAUAACUACAAGAAGGUGCCAUCUGUUCCAGAGGUACCCUCAGUGCCUAAACAGGAAUAUAAAGUGUCUUCUUUGCCUAAGAAUGACUACUACAAGAAGUCAUUCGUUCCAGAAGAUAACUAUAAAAGGGUGCCAUCAGUUUCAACAGAUAAUGACUACAAGGUACCCUCAGUACCUAAACAAGAAUACAAGAUGUCUUCUUUGCCAAAGAAUGACUACAAAAAACCAUCAAUUCCAGAAGAUAACUACAAGAAGGUGCCAACUGUUUCAGAGAUACCCUUAGUGCCUAAACCAAAAUACGAGAUGCCGUCUUUCCCAAAAAUGGACUACUUCAAGAAACCAUCACCUUCUCCAUCACCACCACCUCCAUAUUACUAA